UUUUUUUUCUAAUAUAAAAUAGGAGACCAACCUCAAUGAACAUCAACAAAGUAAUUUAUCUCAACAACAAAGUAGUUUAUCUCAACAACAAAGUAAUUUAUCCGAACAACAAAGUAGUUUAUCUGAACAACAAAAGAGUUUACCUCAACAACAAAGCCAAACUAUAAAUGAUGCAUCAGCCAUCCUUCGUGAGUUGGCAGAGAUAACGACUGAACAUGAACAUGAACGGAUCGAUCAACCUUUACCAACAACAACAGCAGCAGCAGGAAACUUGGUCGAAAUAGUUGAUCUAUCACCAUCAACAUCUCGUACGAUCGAUCUACGUACACCGACACCAACAACAAUCGAUCUUUCAACACCUGCACCAAUUACGAUCGAUUUAGAUUCACCUCAAAUACCAUCCAAUAUUAACACUACGGACUCACCACUUCAUUUAAGUCCAAAAUAA